AUGGAGAAGGGAGACAGCCGGUAUGAAGAGGAGCCGGGGAGUAGUGAGACAGGAGCCCGAGUCACGUGGGAAGGUGCUAACCAAAUAUCAGUAAGUCUCAUCGGUCUCAAGCCUUCCCCCGGGAAGAGGGUAAUCGAGCAGCUCCAGGUCAGUGGUGGCACCGAGUCGGGUAAGACAGCAGCCCACUUGUACGCAGUAAGUUUCCGCAAACAGCACGCUGCGGAGACCCUGACCCCGCCCCCUCUCCCCGCCUCUGUCCAAUGGGCUCGCAGCUUCCCCGGCCACGUGACGUUCCCGGGGUCCGGUGACGGGGACCCGCUACAUUGUGUCCGAGGGACUUCUGCCACUCCAGCGAGCGCGCACCCGGCGGGAUCCCCCCCCCCCAGCGAGCGCGCACCCGGCGGGAUCCCCCCCCAGAGAGCGCGCACCCGGCGGGAUCCCCCCCCCAGAGAGCGCGCACCCGGCGGGAUUCCCCCCCCCAGAGAGCGCGCACCCGGCGGGAUCCCCCCCCAGAGAGCUCGCACCCGGCGGGAUCCCCCCCAGAGAGCGCGCACCCGGCGGGAUCCCCCCCAGAGAGCUCGCACCCGGCGGGAUCCCCCCCCCCAGAGAGCUCGCACCCGGCGGGAUUCCCCCCCCCCCAGAGAGCGCGCACCCGGCGGGAUCCCCCCCCAGAGAGCUCGCACCCGGCGGGAUCCCCCCCAGAGAGCGCGCACCCGGCGGGAUCCCCCCCAGAGAGCUCGCACCCGGCGGGAUCCCCCCCCCCAGAGAGCUCGCACCCGGCGGGAUUCCCCCCCCCCAGAGAGCUCGCACCCGGCGGGAUCCCCCCCCCCAGAGAGCUCGCACCCGGCGGGAUCCCCCCCUCACCCCAGAGAGCGCGCACCCGGCGGGAUCCCCCCCAGAGAGCGCGCACCCGGCGGGAUCCCCCCCCCAGAGAGCUCGCACCCGGCGGGAUCCCCCCCUCACCCCAGAGAGCGCGCACCCGGCGGGAUCCCCCCCUCACCCCAGCGAGCGCGCACCCAGCGGGAUCCCCCCCUCACCCCAGCGAGCGCGCACCCGGCGGGAUCCCCCCCUCACCCCAGCGAGCGCGCACCCGGCGGGAUCCCCCCCCAGAGAGCGCGCACCCAGCGGGAUCCCCCCCUCACCCCAGCGAGCGCGCACCCGGCGGGAUCACCCCCCAGCGAGCGCGCACCCGGCGGGAUCACCCCCCAGAGAGCGCUCACCCGGCGGGACCGCCCCCAGCGAGCGCGCACCCGGCGGGACCGCCCCCCAGUGAACGCGCACUCGGCGGGACCGCGCGGCCACCCACCCUGCGCCGCACACCGCCCUGCCCGCUCCUCUCCGCCCCUCUCCACUCCCCGCUCAUUGUUGUGUCUGCCGGUGAGCAGCCCGAGAGCAGCGGAGCCCCCCGCACACAAGUGGCCUUGA